ACCCAAACAUGCCCUUAAUCACGCCGGCCGGGCGAACCCAGAAGAAGAAUAUAACACAGCAACACACUUUAUUAUUGCAACAGAAGAUUCUCAUCCCUAAUCACUCAGCAGGUGAAACUAUAAUCUCUCUAUUUGGACUUCUAAAGGAAAGGGCAUUCUUGAAAAUAAUAAGAUAAAAACAAGAAGGUAUUAUUGAGGGUGAGAUUGGGCUAGGCGAAUCAAUCUUCUUCCUUGAAUUGAUGCCCUGCGCGGCAUUUUAGCAGCAGCAGCCUGCAGUGUAGUUCUGCUCAGCACUCACUUUAGUAAGUAAGUAAGUAAGUUGUUAUAUUAACUCUUCCAAUUUCAUGUCAAUUAGGUGUUCACUUGUUAUUCAAACACACGCCGCCUACAUGAUGCAGCCAGAGGUGUAGAAGAAACAGUUGCUGCUAUGAGGAUUUAGUCGUCUCUCAACUGAAAACCCAUCUUCUCUGUAAUCAGUCGUUUAUGGAGAUCCGAAACCCACAUAUCUUCUCUCUCUCUAACAGAUAUUCCGUUAAACUUUAUACAAAGAAGAACCCACCAACAUUCUUCAGAUUCCCUCUUCAAAUCUCCAGAAAUUUCAGAGUUUCAGCUCAUUUCAACGGGCGCAGGAAAAACCAUUUGAGGAAAAAGCUCAUAGAACAACAGGUGCGUCAGAAUCCCAUCAACACUUCCCCCUCCACUUUGGAGAUUUCUGAUGAAAACACUCGCACUACUAGGGAUGAUGCUUCAACAUCCAACGCACUUUUGUUGGAGAGUUGGGCUAAUCAGCACAAGGCUGGUGCAGACUUUUGGAGUAAGGUAGACAAGGUAGAUGUUAUUCAAGAUGAACUCUUAAAUAAUGUACAACACAAUGCCAACUUGUUAGCUAAAGAGAUGGAGAUGGGAAAGGCACCAAAUUCUUCACUUGCAAACUUCGUAAACUCCUCGGGGUUUAUUGGAAGUUUUACUAGUAAUCCUGCAAAACUAUCUAGAGUGGGAGUGUCCGUAUUCUGUGGUUUUCUUCUGUUUAUAGCUUUGUGUAGGAAAGGAAAGGGAAAUAAGAAGGAAGAGUAUUCAAGUUUAGAAAAGGAGAUGUUGAGAAGAAAAAUUAAAGCAAGGAUGGCAAAAGAAAAAUCCGUAAAGGGUAACGUGGAAGUCAUUCAAGAUUCUAAGGAGUCUGAGCCCGAGCCUGAUAUGACGGUGUUUAAAGAACGGCCACAACUAGAUAAGGAAGAGCUUAUGAACAGCAUUGUGAAGGUAAAGGCAUUGGACGAUACCUGUUUGGACAAAAUUCAAGAAAUUAGAGCAAUGGCAAGGCAUGCACGCGAAAUACAAAGUAGUGGCGAAAGCAUAGACAGUCAACCAGAUGGAAAGGAAGUGAAUCCUGAUGUUUCGCUUCCACAAGAUGGAUCAAGUAUUCAAGACGUAGGAAAUUCUUCUUCUGAUGCUCUAAGGCUGGACCUUCCACAAGGCGAAGAAGGGUCAAACUUAUUUGAUAUGGAAAAAGUACUUGACAAUGCGACACCAAGUUGCAAAGCUGUGAAGUUAAGGAUUAUUAGUUCUGUUAAGGAAGCAAGAGAAUAUCUUCAUAAAAAACAAGAACCUGAAACUAAUAACUUACAUCAAGUUCCAAAGAGGGAUAGUGAGGAUGAUGUGUUUGGCAAUACGGCACCAAGUUUAAACCAUUCCUGGAAGGAUACUAGUAUGGCUGGAGGUGGGGAUCUUUUGAACAACAACAAUGAUUCUAAAGAUGAGCGUACUAAAGGUAGUGGUGGGGAAUUAGAAAGAGCAAAGCGUGAGAAGUGGAUUGAGGAUAAUUUUCAUGAGUUUGAGCCACUGGUUGAGAAGAUUAGAGGUGGAUUUAGAAACAAUUACAUGGUAGCUAGAGAAAAAGUGAAAGAAGAUCUAAAUUUAGUCUCAGAGCUUGAACGUGACGAAAACGAAAGCGAAUUUGAAUGGAUGAAAGAUGAGAAGCUUAGGGAAAUUGUGUUCCAAGUACGAGAAAAUGAGCUGAUGGGCCGGGAUCCCUUCUAUCUUAUGGACACUCAAGAUAAGGCCUUGUUUUUCAAGGGUCUUGAGGAAAAAAUUGAGAAAGAAAACGAGAAACUAGGUCAUCUGCAUGAUUAUCUUCAUUCCAAUAUUGAAAAUCUUGAUUACGGAGCAGAUGGAAUUAGCUUGUAUGAUCCUCCAGAGAAGAUUAUACCCCGAUGGAAGGGCCCCCCACCAGCAACAACAAUGAGUCAAGAGUUUCUUGAUGAUUAUUUAGAUCAAAGGAAAGCACUUUUUGCUGAAACCUUGGGGAAUGUGGACCUCGAUUCUCAAAAUAUUCUUCGAAGCAGCAACAAUGUAGAUGAGAAUUUAAAAAGUUCAAAUACUGUGAUAGAAGGGAGUGAUGGGUCUAAGAAAGCUGGCAAGAAGUCCGGGAAAGAAUUUUGGGAGCACACUAAGAAAUGGUCUCGUGGAUUUAUAGAUUCUUAUAAUGCUGAGAAUGAUCCGGAAACCAAAGCUGCUAUGAAGGAUAUCGGGAAGGACUUGGACAGAUGGAUUACGGAGAAAGAGAUACAAGAUGCUGCUGAUAUUAUGGAUAAGGUUCCUGAUAAAGGGAAGAAGUUCAUCGCAGAAAAAAUAAAUAAGUUGAAGAGGGAGAUGGAGUUGUUUGGACCACAGGCCGUUGUCAGCAAGUACAGUGAGUAUGGAGACGAGGAGGAAAUAGAUUAUUAUUGGUGGCUUGAUCUCCCAUAUCUACUGUGCAUUGAGAUGUAUAUUGAUGGAGAUGGAGAUGAGAGAAUAGGAUUCUAUUCAUUAGAGAUGGCGUCAGAUGUUGAACUAGAUCCGAAACCGCAUCAUAUUAUUGCUUUUGAGGAUGCUGGUGACUGCAAGAAUCUUUGCUAUAUUAUACAGACACAUAUGGAAAUGCUUGGAAAUGGCAAUGCUUUUGUUGUGCCACAAAUGCCAAAGGAUACCUACCAGGAAGCCAAGGCAAAUGGUUUCAAUGUGACGGUUAUAAGAAAAGGAGAGCUAAAACUGGACGUGGACCAAACACUAGAAGAGGUGGAGGAAAAGAUUGUUGAGAUUGGCAGCAAGAUGUACCAUGAUCAAAUCAUGAAACCUCACAAUGUGGAUGUAGAUUCAGUCAUGAAAGGUGUUUUUGGAUUCACCAGCAGAAGACGAUUGAAGAGGCCAACCAAAUGAUUAUCACUCGUACAAGCUGUUCCGGAGUCUUUACUUUGCAGAUCAUCAUUUUGAAUCCAUCUGUUAUUUGACCGCCCAUUGUAUUUGGAAACUUUUUUGUUUCAAAAAAUAUACGAUGCAAUCAAGAAUUAGUUAGGUGGUGUUUUUCUUUUUUUAAGAUGUAAAAUGUCUGCAGUCUGCGGACUACAUCUGCAAAACUUAAAAGAUCUUAGAAGUGGUUGGGCUAGCUCUGCACCAAGAGUUCGUGCAGACGUUUUUAAUGAAACGUCUUCGGAAAAACAGUCUGCAGAUGACUAUGUCUGCUUGUGGUCUGCGUGGCGCAGACAAAAGGGGUCUGCGCAGAUCUUUUUUAGAAAAACAAACAGCACCUUACUGGUAGAAGAGGUCCUUCGAGUGUACAAAUUCUAUUACUAGGAGUCUAGGAGAAGAGGUCCAUCCGGUGUAUAAAUUUUAAUCAAAUCAAUUCAAGUAUUUCCAAUUUUGGUGACAAUGCGAAUAUUUGUAGAUUAAAACAUGAGUGUAUUUGGAUAGUUCAAUCAUUUCACAUUUAUUA